AUGUCGUUCUUUGGCUUCGACUCAACCCUGCCCCGCGAUCGUGGCCACAAUACCUCCGCGCCUGGCUUUGCACAAGCAGCAGACCCAUUUGCUGGUCUUUCAAGACAGGAAGAUGACGAUGAUGCACUCGACUUUGAAGAUACAUAUGAUGGUCUAGGUGAUCAAUUGGAUGAGACUGACGAUGCUCUUAAUGAUGAUACCUUCGGUGGUGGUGGCGUUGCAGGUGGAGCAACGAAACCCGUGGGCAAGGACUUUGAUUUCUUCGGUCAGACUGCCAAAGUCGCAGAUGCUAUUGUUGAGGAGCAGGCUCGCUUUACUCGUCAACAACCAGUCUCCAGAGUUACCCCGAUUGCAUCGAACUUCUCGCAGCCUCUGUCCAAGCCGGCAAGAACUGGAUAUGAGCGUUACAAGGAGCCAGAGUAUGUCCCCGAGAUGCAGGUUGACCCGACUUUGUGGGGUGUUGCGCCAAAGCGUGCUGCCCCCGCGCCAGCUCCCGAGUCUCCUGCUACGCCUGGUCUAGCUCCUGGUGGACGAAAGAUGAUGAGCCUCGAGGAAGUCGAAGCUGCUAUGCGUGCUCAAGCUCAGAAACCAGCGCCCGCUCAAUCAGCAAUGCAACAACAAGCACAUCAAUCGCAGUAUAAACAACCUCCUCCGCAGCAGCAUCAGUAUCAUUCCCAGCAAACCCAACAACAUCCGAUCCCAGUCAGCGGUCCCCCGAGAGAAGAGCCUCGUGCAACACCUCCAAUUCAGCCAACCCAAAUCUUGCAAAGGGGCCAAGCACCUCCUGCUCAGCCUGCAGCUCCAUCUCAGCCCACGCAAAUCUUGCAAAAUCCCAACCGCUAUUCGGCCGAACAGAGACCAGCUCCUGCUGUCCAGCAUCCCGGUCAUCACUCCCGCCCCUCUGGUUCACGUCACAUUAUCACUCACCCACAACAGCUUGCAGGCCUGUCGGAAGAGGAGAGAGCUGCCUUCUUGAUGGAAGAUGCUAAGCGUGCAAAACGAAACCACAAGAUCUUCUUGCUCUCGAAGGACAAUGGUCUCAUGACUCCCCAAGAUAAGAACUUCAUUACUCGAAUCCAGCUCCAGCAGCUUGUAACUGCAACUGGCAACCCUAACGAGCAUGGAACGGACUCGGGUCUCUCUGAAGAUUUCUACUAUCAGGUUCAUAACCAAAUCCGAGGUGGACCUCGUCAACAUCCUGGUCAACCAUUGAGUAACUUUGCCCAAACAUAUCUGUUUCAGACUGGAGGUCGACAUGGUGGCGUGCGACGACAGGCUCGGGGAGGCGACAACCACAUGCAGCGCAUGGAGCAGCAAGUUCAGCGAGCCGUUGAAGCUGCCAAGAAUAAGCCGAAAAAUAAGCAGCUGGUUAUCGAAGGAAGCUUGGGCAAGAUUUCUUUCAGCAAUGCAAAGACUCCGAAGCCCUUACUGAAUAUCAAGCGAACCGAGAGUGGCACCGACGCACAGAGGCCUGGAAGCGCCGCUCGUGACCGUAGAGCCCAUGCGGCAGGUGUUAGUGGUAGUGACAGAAAGACAGUUUUGACUGAUAUCGAAAAUGUCUACAACACUCUGCUGCUGAUGGAGGAUCAUGACCGCCGCAUACCCUCUCCACUCACUGACGAUCUCAAUCCAGAGCUCGUCGGUCUCCAUAUGGACUGGCGAGCCAAGGCACAGAAACUCAACCAACAAUUGUGGCAGCAAUUGAAGGUUCACGAGCCAAUUGGCGCCACCACAGUUCAUCCAUUCAUUGCUAUCCUCUCUUUCAGCAAGGGAAAGAAAGCUAUUCCAAGAGUCUUCCGCCACAUCUCGCCAGAGCAACAAACCACCAUUCUCACCAUGAUUGUUGUUCAUCUCGAUCAACUUGAUGUCGUUCGUCAGGCUUUGUUAUUGCCCGGUGAAAUACAAUUAGCUGCUGGUAUUCGCGAGAACGUCGAGUACUUCUCGUUGAAUGUGAUGCCGUCGCUUUUCGGAUUACUCAAUGAAGCUGGAUUGGAUAUUGUCACAGGUGUUUUGGGUCUUAUUCUCAAGAGGAACGUCGACCUGAUCGCUCGGACCAGAAUUGGAGUCAGCAUGUUGACGAUGGUUUUGAGUCGCGCGGAGCUUAUCAAACAGAACGGUAGUGUCAAUGACCAGGAGUGGGAUCAAUGGGUUAAUACCUACAACACUUUCUUCGACGCGCUCGAGUCCACACUGCCGAAUAUCUUUCCCGGCACGGUCAACACUGGUGAGGACAUUUACGUAUGGCAAUUCCUAGCCGCUAUCGGCAUCGGUGCUAGCCCCGAGCAGCAGCAGCGUCUUGUGAUGGCUGUCAAGGACCGUGUCAUGGAGACCGUUGCCCUGGCGAAGACUCUUCCCCCGGCGAUGUCGAGCCAACGAUUGGCUAACGUCAAUCUCUUCAUGCGUUCUAUUGGUUUGGAUGUCGAAUUACUUGCGUGA